AAAACUUCAUCUCCAUGCGAGAAACCAUCCUCACUCGCAUAACGGCCGUAUACGACGUUAUCCAACCAGUGGCCUGCUAUCCGCAUCAUCCGUUCAGCACGCCAAAACACGAUUCGGCCGUUCGUGGCUGUCCCGUUGACUCUUGGUGCGCUGCGAAAUUCUAAAACCACCACGCCCUAAGUCUGGCGUGCAUCUUGCGCCAGGUACUAACUACAGCCACGGCCUCGAUUAGCUAUAUAUUUAUUGUCUUUUCUUCAAUCAAGACACUUCGCUGGUCCACGUAUCCCCAUGUUCAUCAAUUGUCCACCUUGGAAAACACAUCAUCGUCUAUCGUUGAUACUCUGUUUUGUUUUCGUCUUUGACAGGAAUCCUGGUAGAUGAGAUCAUAGUACAUGUACAGUACAUGCCAAUUAGGGCCUGUUGUUAAUUCUUAUUUUUCGCCGGCUUGGAGGCUUUGAAAUAUUCAAAAUUGUUUUUGUUUAACUCUUCUUAUUUCCCCCCACUAUCAAUACCCCCAGCAACAACAUUCUCAUCUUCCACGCGUUAUUUUUAAACAGCCAGUGGGCUUGAAAAAAGGUUUGCAGGGGCAGGCUCCAGUGUAACCAAACCAUAUAUCCCUGAGCCAAGAUAUCACCUCUGAAGCUUUCAUCCCCUUCCACACCAGUCUACGCUUCCGUGGACAUUCCACGAAUCCUAUGGAUAGCGACAAAAAUUCGUCGACUGCGGACUACCAAAGAGCGUCGGGGCUGAGCAGUGCUCAAUCAGAUGACCGAACUAACCCAACAUUCAAUUGGAAAAAGCGGAAGGAGAUCCUUGAUGCUUGCGAAGCCAGAGAUGCCCAUGCAUUGGCCUCCCUUUGCUUAACGGAAGGAGGCUUGCUGCAAGAUGAUCUCCGCCAAGCUGCUUGGCCUAUCCUACUGGGGUACGACCCCAACUCAGAUCAUUCCACAGAGUCCGAAUGGACAAGUCUACCUACACAUGGUGAUGAGGAGCAGGUGAAGUUGGAUGUCAACCGGGCCUUUGUACAUUAUCCAAAUUGCCAAACCGAGAAGGAGCUAGAUGGGAAAAAGCAACAAUUAUCAGAACUGAUAACCAAAACCCUUAGAAAAUACCCCAUGUUAUGUUAUUUCCAAGGCUACCACGACAUUGCACAAGUCCUUUUUCUAGUCCUUGGCAUCGAGCAAGCCAGUCGCGCCUUUGAGCGAAUAUCGCUUUUCCGGAUAAGGGAUUACAUGCUCCCAACGCUGGCACCAGCCCUUAAGCACCUCCAUCUUAUCCCGGCCAUCAUCCACUCCACCGACCCCAAACUAUGCAGCCAUUUGUCUGGCACGAAGCCCUUUUUCGCACUUGCAGCAACCCUGACCCUCUAUGCCCAUGAUAUCCAAGAAUAUGCAGACAUAGCCAGGUUAUAUGACUUUAUCCUCUCCCAUGAACCUGUCGUAUCCAUAUACCUCUUCGCCGCCAUAAUCCUCUCGCGGAAAAAGGAGCUCUUCGAAAUUCCCCUCGACGAGCCUGAAAUGAUACAUUUCACCCUCUCAAAACUACCCCACCCAAUCAACCUCGACAGUCUUAUCGCCAGUACCAUGGAGUUAUACUCUACCCAUCCACCUGAAAAACUGCCCUUUCGCGCUUGGAAGAACAUCCCCCGCUGUAGCGUACUUAAAACAUCACGGAAUCUUGGCCUGCAGGCCACGCCGGAGGAAGCGAUGGAGCUGCUGGGGCAGCAGAAGCGACAUUUGCGGCGGGAAGAGCUGCGGGAGAAGGCCGUGAAGGUCAUGUGUAAAUAUAGACGACCUGCAGGUAUGAUAGGUAUGGCUGUUUUUGUGGGUAUUCUCUCAUACUGGAUUAUGAGGAACGAGAGCAAUACUAUGCCCAUUUGGCGGCAUUGCUUGGGGCGAUUUGGGAAUGUUUUUCACUGGAGGUAGGCAAUGGGCGGGGGAUGGGCAAGGUAAAGGAAAAACAAGGAAAGAAAAAAGAGGGAGGUGGUGUAUUGUAUAUUACUUCGCAACGAAUUUAGGACUGGGUUAUUUAUUGAUGAAUCUGCGGGAUAUGACAAUGCUAUGUAAUAGAAUCCUACUUUUUCCUUUGAUCACGAACAUUACCGGCGUUUAUGUUGCAAAUAAGACAUAC